ACAAAUAAAUAAAUAAAUAAAUUACUUAUGAAAUUUAGCUUAACUAAAAUACUUACAGCAUCUGUUUUAUUAGCAUUUGCAACUUUAACAAUCGCAGCUCCUCUUCAAGAUGUUUCAGUUACUUCGGUCGAUCUGACUGAAACUGUUUAUAACUCAAAAGGUGAUGAACAUCUUUAUGUUACAGUGACAAGAAUAGAUGAUCUUAUUGAUGAUGAUGGAUCUCUUUUGGCUGAAAGAGUCAUGGCUGUCAAAGUUACCUUUGACGUUGUUGAAAACCAAUUAAUGUGUAACGGCAAACCAGUGGAUAUCGGGGUAUCAAGUAUUCAAGUUGAGGCUCAAAUGGUAUCGAAUCCAGAAAAAUUGAUCAUUUCAUCUGAUGAAGAUGCUGCAUUGUUAGCUGAUAGUUUUGACUUGGGCCUUGUUACUGUCGAAGUAACGGCUACAGUCUUGGAUGAAUUGAAGACGGAUGAUGGUAUGAUUUUCCGUAGAAUAAAUGUGAAGGAGUUAAUUACGGAGGUCAAUGGUUUAAAGGUAGUUCAAACAGAGGCAGGUCAACAAAUUCUUGAUAUCUUUGAUAAUGGUUCAUUCAUGAAAUGGUUUGUUGAUCCUUUGACUGGUUUUAUGUUGCCUGGUCCUGCUCUUACAGAAGAAGAUGAUGAAAAUACAAAGAAUAAUGUAUUAAGUAUCUUGGAUUGUCCUGGUUGUGAAGAGUUAGACUUACAGGAUUGGUGGAAUAAUGAGGCUUCAACAAUCGCUCAAUGUUUAAUGGGUGCUUUAUUUAUCACUCUCCUUUUAAGUCUUAUUUUAGGUAUUCGUUAUUUGUUGAAACCUUUCCACUCUUACGCUGUUCUUGUUGAAGAAGAAGAACAAGAAGACGUCAUGUGGGAUACAAUUAAAAAGCAACAACAACAACCUCCUGCAUAUGUUGAACAUGAAGAGAAACAGCCUUUAACUACUACUGUUGAUACAACAAAUGAAGAUACCAAAUAAAUUGUUUGAUUGAUUGAUUUUUUUUUUUACUACUGUUUUGGAAUAAAAUUUCUAAUUAUAUUUUUAUUAUUAUAACAAAAA